CGCGCGCGCGCACACACACACACACGUCUGUACAUACUUAUAUCGUUUAGUUUUAGACCGAAAGUAUUUUUUAAAAGGGGACGAGUAAAUCGAUUCGAUUUGCUCCGGUAAAAAUCUUUCAAAGCUCGGUAGGAAGAAUAUUUCGAACUGCAAAUUUGCCGAUCGAGGUACUCGCUCGUGAAGGAGACGUCAAGAAGCACACACCCUCGUUCGGCCUGAUAUUUCCUGCUUCGUCGAAGAGACCCCCGCCCCCCGUUCGAACUCCAAGAAGAAACGAUCUCCCAGGUGUAAUCGAUCAUGCCGAUGUAUCUAAAUGCAGCUGCUCGCAAGAAGCAAUUGACGAACCGGUUGUUGUCAAAUCGCGGCCAAGUCGGGAAGAGUUUCGCUACGACGAUAGAAACGUGUUAAGAAGCUUGAAUGAAAUUUCUUCAACGAUGCCUGGACUUGGGAUCAUUUCGAUAGAGAUUGACGGUGUAGAGAGUGAAGGAAACAGAAUCAAAGGAGCCCAUCGCUCUAUGGGCAGGUACAGCCGCAAAUUGCAACCGUUUAAAUCUGUUCCAAUGACGUAACGAUAAUUUGAGGCGUAUAUUGCGAUAAGAUUUUUGCACCACAUGCGCAUGUAUCCACGGUGUCUUUCAAUCAUACAAAAGUGGCUCGGAAGAAAGGUUCCUCUGGCAUGUGUGAUCAUUCCCAAGACGAGGUACUAUUUCGUGGCGGUAAAACAACGCUAGAUAAUGAGCGUAGCGUUUUCAAUUUUGAGUUUGAUAACAAAGUAUACAAAAGCCGGCUGCGGCUACGAAAAUGGUUAAUAGGACUCUUGGUUUUCUUAUUUGUAUCGCUAAUUAUAAUAAACACAUUCAACACGGAUCAGUUUCGAGCGGCACGGUAUGGAGCCAUUAUCAACGACACUUCGCAAGAGAGCUACGUAGAAUUGAAGUCUUACUUCGCGUCCAUAGCCAAUUCUGGUUUCGUGGUACGCAACAAGGGUUGUCGAAUUCCAGCGAUGGACCCUUUCGAUUCAGCGGUCACACGAUUUAUCGAAAAGGAAAAGCCGCUUGUUUGCGAACACGGAAGUCAUUUGCCGCUGGUCGACUCGAACAACACAGCGUUGUACAUAAACGCAAACGCGAUCGGCCAUUUUUACAACAAUUCGGAGGAGAUUGAUUGCUGCUGGAGGCCGUUCUGGCGAAUGAAAAACGAGGAUAACAUUGUUACGUACAGUAACGAGUGUUUCAAGUUCAAAAAUUCGACGGCUGUGAACACCGAGUUCGUGAAAGUAGAAUGCUCGCGGAACAAUGAGAUGAUAUACAAGGAUUAUCACGCAUUCGUGCCUCGUUUCCGCUCGGUGGAGAAUAAAUGCAAGAAAGCCAGAGCGGCCAGCUCGAGGGACGAGCAUCUGAGCGUGUUGAUAAUCGGCCUCGACUCGAUCUCUAGAUUGAACUUUCAUCGAAUGAUGCCGAAUACUGUUCGCGCGUUGCAAGAGCUCGAAGCGGUGGAACUGUUGGGCUAUACCAAAGUAGCUGAUAACACGUAUCCGAAUCUAGUGCCUGUCUUAAGCGGCUUGUCCGAGUCAGAAUUGCACGAUUUAUGUUGGCAAAAUAAAAACAAACCAUUCGACGACUGCCCAUUCAUUUGGAAAAAUUUCAGCGCAUCCGGUUAUCGGACGGGCUUCGGCGAGGACGCCUGCGGCAUGACCAUCUUCAACUAUCUGAAACGUGGUUUCCGGGCUCAACCGACUGAUUACUAUCUGAGACCGUUCUGUAUCGCAUCCGAGAAGGACAUCGGCAACACGCACAAACUGAACGCGAAUCUCUGCGUGGGUACCAGAAAGACGUUCGAAAACCUGCUGGACUAUGCGAAGAAAAUCGCCUUGCAAUUCCACAGGGACCCGUACUUCGCGAUGGUCUGGCAAGCAAGCUUGACCCACGAUUUCUUCAACUAUCCGCAGUUGGGUGACACCUCCUAUUGCAACCUGAUCACCUAUCUGUCCAGCCAACGGCUGUUGAAUCAGACAGCGUUGAUAGUGAUGAGCGAUCACGGGAUGAGAUGGGGAAGCUUCCGGCAGACUUAUCAAGGAAGAAUGGAGGACAGCCUCCCGUUUGUGUUCGUCGUGUUGCCCCGAUGGUGGAGGGAAAAGUAUCAAAUAGCCUGGGCGAAUUUCCGGAGGAACACGCGGAGCCUGACAACGGCGUUCGACUUGCACGAGACCCUGAUCGACAUGCUGCAUUCCGAGAGCCUGGAGGAGACGCGUCUCAAGGCUCGAUUCAAAGCGAUGCCGAAGAACGACAAUUUGCCUCGCGGUAUCAGCUGGUUCUUGCCAAUUCCCGACUACAGAACCUGCUCCAUGGCGGGUAUAGCCAGCCACUGGUGCAUGUGUCACAACAGCUACGACGUACCCCCGGAAGACGGGAGCCUUCGGGACAAGGCGGUCUUUCUAGUCACGGAGUUGAACAAUAUGCUGAAGAAAUUCGUGCAGUGCGCAGUAUUGAAACUGAAGGAGAUCAAAGCCGCGAAAGCAUGGAGGAGCGAGGAAGGUGAGAAGAGCCAACUGGUCGACUAUACAAUCACAAUUCAAACAGAACCUGGUGACGCGAUAUUCGAGGGAACGAUACGAUACAGAAGCGAGGACAAGACUAAUAAAUUGGUGGGAUCAGUUAGCAGACUGAACGCAUAUGGCAAACAAAGCGCCUGUGUCGACGAAUUCAACAUGAGGCUAUACUGUUACUGUUUGUAGCUCGAUUUGUUCUCUUUUUCUUUUCUUCUCGUUAUCAUUUCUUAUCACUUUUUGUUUCUUUUCAAUUUCCUCGAAACAUUCUAGAAACAAAUUUACCUUGACAACAACAAUAUCGUAGGUUUUAGUUAAAUUAAUGCGACGCAGUAGCCAGUAUACUGGUACAAAGAAAAGUUACACUGUGAUAAGAUACUUGCUUUAAAAAUACGAUUCACGAUGGUUUCGUGCUUAACAAAUUAAACGUCAGCCAGUAACAGUAGAAUGUUGUUUUUAUUGUUAACAGCAGUAAAAUACAUAGUGAUGGAGUAAUGAACGUAAUAAAUAAGCAAACGUAAUUGGCGCGGUGCAGCGAUAUUAUUUAAUUUAUAUGUACCGAUGUCUAAAAAUGCAAUUAUUGCAGACGCGAUUUUUUUAUAUUGCAAAGCCAAAUUUUCCUCUUGCUAAAUUGCAAGAAUACUUAAAUAUGAUACGACGUUUGAUUUGUUAAGCAUACCGUGAACAACUUUAAACUAUGUAAAUCUAAAGAAAGUCCUAAUACUAGUAUUUUAAUUAUUAGACGCGACUUGUAAACUUUCUACAUUUAGUUCUUUCUAUAAUAGUAUGUAUUAAAUUAAAAAUAUUGAUCAAGUAAAA